GUCGCGGCCUGGUGGGGAGAGUUGUUCCGCGGGCCUCUGUUCAAGCUGAGACUUCAUGUCCGCCGUCGCCAUGGCAAGGGACGUCAAGAGCAAACUGUCGAAGAACCUGAUGCGGAUGAAGUUUAUGCAAAGGGGCUUGGAUUCGGAAACCAAAAAGCAGCUCGAAGAAGAGGAGAAGAAAAUCAUUAGCAAGGAGCACUGGUUCCUGGAUUUACCUGAACUGAAAGAGAAAGAGAGCUUUAUAAUAGAAGAACGAAGCUUUUUGCCAUGUGAGGAUCUGCUUUACGGCAGGAUGUCCUUCAAAGGGUUCAAUCCUGAAGUAGAGAAGUUAAUGAUCCAGAUGAACUCGAGGUACAAGACGGAAGAAAUCGAAGAGGAAGAUAAUGCAAUGGAGGCUGAUGUAUCGGAUGAAGAAAUGGCCAGAAGGUACGAAACUUUAGUCGGAACGAUCGGGAAGAAAUUUUUGAAGAAGCGAGACCGGCGCGCCCUGCAAGGCACAGACGAGGCUCAAAACAGUAACCACGGGCCCAGCAAAGCGAAGAAAAUGUUUUUAAAACCCCAGGAUUAAAUGGCGCAGAUGAUUUGUGCAUCCUUCAGGCUGGGGAAAUAUAUUUUGUACCAUGGUAACACCAGUUAUUUUUCUAAAUUGCUGCCUUUCUUUAUGUCUCCGGGAUGGAUGCAUUGUUCAGAGUGCCUACGUAAAUGGAUGUCAUACAUCCUCUACUCUCCGCGCACGUUUUUUAGCGUGGGCCUGUGAGUGCUGUGUAAGUUUAUCACUGCAUGUAACCAGGCAGAAUGCAGGAUUCAACUGAGAAUACUUUCUGAUCAUGAGUCUUAACGGCAAGCAAAGAUUUCCAAGGCCAGGUGAAUUUUGGCCACUGCGUCCUACAGUGUCAUUUUCCACUGCCACUUUUCAUUAUAUCCAUUUUGCUUUUUAAAGAUUGGGGGUUGUCAAGGAAGAUUAUUUUUAAGAGCUAGAUAAUCCAUUAAUCUUGUUGAUUUAUUUAUGUAUUUGAAAAAAAAUAUUUUAUUAUAAUGCAGUA